UUUAAUAACAUAACAGAAAUUACCAAAACAUAAAAUGGUUGCGGCCCUCUUAAGAAGUAUUAAAUUAGUUUAUUUGAAGCCAAUAACGGUUCAGGGUCUGCACACAAGUAGCCUGCUCUGCAAGUGGCGCAAUGUGGCCUCCGGCGAGGUGGAAAGAAAGCUCCUUUCCGGCGACAGGCUCCCGGAUAACUAUAAACUGAUAUACCGCGCCCCUAUUGAAAACUACGUGACGUGGACCAAAAAUAUAUCUACUGCAACUACAUCGAUUCUGGGCCUGGUCGCCGGCUAUCAUUGGGCAACGACCAUGAAUUUUUUGAAUAUGGUUCAGAAAAUGGACAUAGCCAUACUGGUGUCUCAGGAAUCCGAUCUGUACUACUUUCUCACGGGAUUUGUACUUAUAAACGUGGCGAUACGGGCAUUUGUAGCGAAAUAUCCCUUGAGAAUUUACAAAAGUUCGGAAAAAUAUGUUGCUGUCUAUGGUUCCCAAUUACCCUUGGGAACUGUCAAACACUACUUUGAAAGGGGGCAAAUAGCUGAAUACAAAAAUGUUUUAAAUCCAUGGAGCCAUAUCAUGUACAAACUGGGCAACCGUUCCUCCAUGCUGCUGGUGGACUACUUUAAGACCCCAUCGGAGUUUCACCAGCUAUUCGCGACGGAAAAAGAGACAUAGAGUGUUAUUUGAUUUUGUAAAUUAUUAAAAUAAAUGUUACAUAUUUUCAAUUUA